AUGUCUUAUUUAAGUUUAUCAAACGUUAAUAAACGAAGGUCUUCCCUUCAUGGUCUGAACUCGGAAAUGUGUUGUAAAAUUGAUGGUGAAACAAUUCAAUGUCAUGUUAAUGAAUUGAUUCAGAAGCAAGUCAUUGGACAUGGUGCUUUUGGCAUGGUUUUUGAAAUGCUACACAAACCAUCACAGAAAGUAAUGGCAGUCAAGAAAUUGAAGCUUAUAACAUCUGAUGCUGACAAACAAAAAAGUAUAUGUAGGGAUUUGGAUAUUUCCAAACUUGCCGACAGUCAAUACACAGUCAGAUUUUAUGGCGCCUUAUUACAUGAGGGUGAUGUCUGGAUUUGUAUGGAGAUUAUGGAUUUAUCCUUGGAGAGAUUCUACUUGCAAGCAAAAGAAUUAGGCCAGACGAUUCCAGAAGAAUUCUUAUCGAAAGUUACAUUUUCAGUUCUUAGUGGUUUGAUCUAUCUGAAAGAAACGCUCAAAAUAAUUCACAGAGAUGUUAAGCCAUCCAACAUUUUAAUCAACUCUGAUGGUGUCGUACGUAUCUGUGAUUUUGGUAUCAGUGGACCUCUCGUUGAUUCCAUUGCACAAACCAAAGAUGCUGGAUGCAAAGCUUACAUGGCUCCUGAACGAAUUGACCCCAGAUUAAGUAGCUCGGAUUAUGAUACCAGAUCUGAUGUUUGGAGCCUUGGUAUUACAUUGGUGGAAUUAGGAAACUGUUGCUACCCUUACAAGCUUUCAGCCAACCCAUUUGCACUAGUCGAGCAGAUUGUAAAGGGUGAACCGCCGAAAUUAGCCAAAGGAAAAUAUUCUGUUGUCUUUGAAAAUUUCAUUCAACAAUGUUUAGAGAAAGAGAAACAUCACCGAUCUAAGUACAAGAACUUGAUAAAUCAUCCAUUUAUACAGAAAGCAAACAAACUGAAUUUUGAUAUGAAAAGAUAUGCGACAGAAAUAAUUGAAGAAUAUCGAAAAAAACCAAAUAUUUAUGAAAAUGAAUAUUUAUAG